CAGCGGGCGAGAGAGUGAGAGAAUAACUUCACCGCCUUCAUAGCGAGAGAGAGAGAGAGAGAGUCGCAUCACCGCACUCGGAGAUGGCCAGCAACCCAAGAGACUCCAGCUCAACAAGAUACCACAGGGAAGACAAUCGAUUCGGCAGCCCUCAGGAUGAUUCUGCAGAUGAUUUAGAAGUUCAAGAAGGAAUUCAUGGAAAACAAUCAUCAUGUACUGGUGACAUAAAUCGUGCUCCGAAGAUUUUCAAUGACCCAAUCCACGGACACAUUGAGAUGCAUCCACUCCUCGUCCGGAUCAUUGACACUCCACAGAUGCAGCGGCUCCGGUUCAUCAAGCAGCUUGGCGGGGCAUACUUUGUGUUUCCGGGGGCCUCCCACAACAGAUUUGAGCACUCCAUCGGUGUGGCAUACCUGGCAGGCCAGUUGAUUAAAGCUCUCGCUGAGCGACAACCAGAUCUUGAUAUAAGCCAGCGAGACAUUCUGUGUGUGACGGUAGCUGGACUCUGCCAUGAUCUGGGUCAUGGCCCAUUUUCACAUCUGUUUGAUCGAAAAUUUAUCCCUAAAGCUCGAGGAAAUGAUUUUGGCUGGAAGCACGAAGAAGGUUCAAGGGCCAUGUUUGACCACAUGAUCAAGACCAAUAAGCUGGAGGGUAUUUUCCACGACUAUGGCCUAGUGUUACCAAAAGACCUUGACUUCAUCAAAGAACAGAUCGCGGGACCUGAAAAGUCCAAUAAUGAUCCAUGGCCAUAUAAAGGUCGUCCCAAAGAGAAAGCUUUUCUUUAUGAAAUCAUUGCCAACAAAAGGAAUGGGAUUGACGUUGAUAAGUGGGAUUACUUUGUCAGGGACAGUCACCAUCUGGGAAUCCAGAACAACUUUGACUUUGGACGCUUCCUCCGGUUUGCUCGAGUUUGUGAAGUAGAAGGAACAAAGCAGAUUUGCACUCGAGAUAAGGAAGCUGGUGACAUGUAUGACAUGUUUCACACGCGCUACACUUUGCAUCGCAGAGCCUUUCAACAUAGAGUUGUCAACAACGUCGAGAGCAUGAUCACAGAGGCAUUGCUGCUAGCAGAUCCACACUUCAUGAUAACUGGUAAAAAUGGGAUUAAGUUUACAAUGUCCAGAGCAAUUGAUGACAUGGUGGCUUACACCCAACUCACAGACUGUGUCUUUGAAAACAUCCUGAAUUCAUCUGACCCUGCAUUGAGCAAAGCACAGGAAAUCCUGAGAAAUCUUGUGCAGCGUAAGCUAUUUAAAUUCAUCAGGGAGGCUCGAUUUGCAGAGAAAACAGAAAAUUUAGAGAAUGAAAAAAAAAACUUGCUUCAGAAAUUGGUUGAAGCUACCGGAUUGAAGGCAGAAGAUUUCAUAGUAGCUAUUAUUCCGAUGGACUAUGGGAAGAAGGAGAAAGAUCCCUUUCAGAAUACCUUAUUCUACACAAAGGAGAACCCCAAUGUCACAAUCAAAAUCCCUAAAGAUCAGGUGUCUCAUCUGCUGCCAGUGAGGUUUGCAGAGAAGCUGGUCCAAGUGUAUUGCAAGAACAUAGAGAUGGAUGCAGAUACAGUGAAAAAAGCCAAAGUCCAAUAUGAAGUCUGGCACGAAGAGCUGAGGAACCGUGCUGACCCUGCUCCUGGGCCUAAUUAGAAUGACAGUGACAGGGAAAGUGACAAUUUGAUCCCAAAAGUGACCUCCAGUUCCAUCACCAUUACCACAGGCCCAAGAUGAAGCUUUUCAAAUAGAGAAAAUGGGAAUUUCCUGUGGAAGCUGGGAGUCUUGUUCUAUUCAAGUAAUGGAGUUACUUUCAUCUGGAAUCACUUAGUCACCUCAGAUCCUGACCUUUGGGGCUGUCACGCCUGGUGACACCUCUGAAUAUUUUCUCAUUUUAAUGACAGGUACCUCUCAUGCAUAGGAACCCAUAUUUGAAUGGAUAUAUAGCCAUAUAUUUUAUUGCUUGGUGAGGGAGUAUGUCUGUUGUUAUAAAUCUACUAAUUGCUUCAGAUGUUCUAUUCAGCAUACAAUGUGGUAUAGUACAAACUGAAUUUUGGUCACGGGAGCCUUGGAGAAACUGUUGAAAUAGUUAUAGUGUCUCUUCUGACACAGUUAUGACAAGGCUUAUUGCACUCAGUUUCAUAAUGGAGUAGGUUUGGUGGAAUCUGACAUGUGAAUAUUGUUGUGGAGAUUAGUGGACAGUCCAUGGCACAGUGAUUCUUGGUCACUGUAUUGAAGAUAAUUGGGGAUUUGUGACACAAGGUUAUUAUAUUAAGUCUUGACACUGUCUAGAUUAAAGUCAUAUUUGGGUAUUUUAGAUAAUCUCGAGUAGAUGAAAAUUCAGUUUUAAUCAAGUAAUCGUUUUCGUAGGUUGAAUAUAUUUUACUGUGACUAGAAUAUCUUCUGGCAUUUACAGGUUGAAUCACCUGAUGCUUACAAUGUUUCCUGCCUAGGUACACUCAGGGGUCUUUUUUAAAAACAUAAUUCUAUGAGCAGCUUGUUUUGCAUUGUAAAUGCCACUAUUUUGCACAUGUGCCUUAUGCAGAACACACCACUCUACAUUAAAAGGCAAGCAAUAUAAACCAAGACUAUUGCAAAAUACAGCAAAAUCUGUCAAGAAACUCUGAAAAACUCUCUAUUCCCAGGAACCCCACAUUCUUUUAUAUCUCACUAUUCAGUCAUUCCAGGGGUGACCUCAAUGUGUUAAAAUUAAGCCCAUGUUUCCAUCCUUCAGUGUAAAACAGCUUCAAUUUCUGAGUUGAGAAAUUCGUGUGGCACUUUAGCCUUUAUUUACCAUUAGAGAAUUUUGAAUACACAUUAAGCACCAUUAGCACCCAAAACUUGUUUUAGAGGCCUGAAUUAGAGUGCAGUGUCCUGACUGAGCAUUCGGAAUCCUUGAAUAUCCGACCCCCCCUAGCCCUGAAUUUUAAGGACAUAUCACAUGCAGAGUUUUUACAUUUGCAACAUGGAGAUUUAUCCUGUCAGAGAAAUAUCUUACCACAAAGAAACAGACACUACAUGACUGGAAACCAAAUCCUUUCAAGGAUGAACAAUAUUUUAAUUCCGCAAAGUGUGGGCUCUUUACUGGCUCCAGGAGCAAAUCAAAAGGAUGUACAUUAAUCCGAACCCUUUGUGCUGUUGUAUGUUUUUGUCCAGUGUGCAUGUAUCUACACAGAUUGGGGACAAACUGGAACUAACUUCAAAAUUUAGUGCCUUGUCUUUGUUGCACAACUAAAGAGUGCAAGGUUCUACUUUUGUAUACAAGUAAUGAUGGGCAUGUUUACAAAGUCACAAAUGACAUCAACAAAAUUCAGUUUUGCCUCAGUCACGAAUUGUAGAGUCUUUAGUCAAAUUUGAGAUUCGGGACAAAGGGCAAAGUUGGUGAAGACACUGACCCUCUUACCUUGAAGGGACCUGGGUUAUAUUUUUGCACAACUCUCAUUGAGAGGCAGCUUUGUGUGAAUUGGGUGCUAUUUCCUGAGUUUCUCAUACAAUGCAUGAUGAACCUGAUAAGAUUUUGCAUUUUUCGUUUAACUUCCACACAGGUGAUUUUACUUUUGCAUCUGUUUCUGAGUGAGAGACACAGACAGUUGGUUGUCAUUUGCCUCAUUCAGCCUGAAGUGAGACAUUUAGUAUUUGGUAGUGGGUGGAGAUAUCUGCUCUUUAUAAAUAAUGCAUUCAGUGGAUUAAAUACAUGAGGGAGAAGGGAAUAAAUGGUUAUGCUGAUAAUGCUAGAUGAAGAAGGUUGGAAGGAGGUUUACGUGGAGCAAUAACACUGGUACAGUUGGGCUGAAUGGCCUAUUUCUGUGCUGUAAAUUCCAUAAAAUUUCAUUCCUUUGUUUCCAAACUGAAUUCAUGGAUCAAAGUUCCAGCCAAACUGAAUAGAAUAACAUGAAACUUAAAAUUAGUGAAAAAUACCAGGUGCAAUUUAGGUUUAUUAAUGGUUUUUAUCCUGAUGCAAGUGCAAAUUAAUUUGAAUACCACAUUCAAUAAAUUGACUUCAAAUACCAAUCAAAAUGUCAAGAGGAGUGUUAUUAACUCCCUUACCUCCUUCACCUUCUCUUCCAAGGAUAGAGUUGACAGACAGUUGUUUGAACAUUUAUAAUAUCUUUCUGUAAUAACAUGUUUGUUAUACUCAAGCCGUCUGAAUAGUUGCGUGUUGGAUGCACUUUAGUGAGGAUUUUUAACUAACGGGAGAAGGUUUCAAGUUUGCACUUUCAAAGUUUUAAAUUGAAUAUUUUUGUACAUUUUUGAACAUGUACAUUUCUGAAUAAAUUUUACCACUGCUGUUCAUAAAGUGUCAUGCUUUCUAUUCAUUGGCUGUAAAAAUAAACAUAAAACAAUUAUAGGUAAGUACUAACAUGCAACUGAUAAGAUAUAUUGAACGAAAUCUUUGCAUGCAUGACACUGUGUUCUUUUGCGAUAAAUUCUAUGUCUUAUGAUCCUGCU